AUGAAUUUAACAAUAAAUAAUAACGAUACGACAACAAAAUUAUUAAAUGGAACUCUAUGGUUUCAACAAUUUCAACAAAAAUUGUUAUAUUCUCCAUUUGGAACAUCAAAUCAACGAAUAUCACGUCCACAACAACGACAACAACGUAAAACAUUCUCUUAUUUACAAAUGAUUGAAAUAUGUUUUCUUUAUUUUAUUCUUAUUGAAAAUCUAAUUAUAUUUAUAUUAACAUAUCAAAAAAAACUAUCAAAACAAGCUUUAUUUGAUACUAAUGAUCAACAACAACAACAAUCUCAGCAACGUCGUUCAAUUAUUUUUCCAUCAAAAUCUUUACUCUAUAAUUGUUUACAUCGUAAUUGGAUACGGGCAUAUUCAUUUUCCAAUAUUUGUCUUUCACUUGUCUAUUUUAUAACUUUAAUUGUAAAACACUAUCAUCCAAAUCUUUUACAUUAUUCCUCUAUAACAUUUUACUCUUUACCAUUAACACUUGUACAACAAAUAUUAAUAAAUUUCACUGCAUUUCAUUUAUUUAUUAUAUCCAUAAGUAUUUUACAAUAUUUUAUUCGUUAUUAUCGUUUGGCAAAAAAGAAAUAUUCAUUGAAUAUAUACAAAGGAAAAAAUCUUUUAAUAACAAAACAUACAAAUGUUGCUUUGAUUUUAAGUGGUUCAUUAGCUCUUAUAUUCGGUUAUAAUUAUAUAUUUUAUACACCAAAACAUACACACACAAUAAAAUUACUUCCACUAAUCACAUUGAAUAUGAUAUUAUUACCAUUAAUUGAUUUUAUUAUUUUUGUAUUUAUUAUUGUUUGUUGUAUUAUUAAUCUAUAUAAAUAUAAUAUUUUAAUACAACAUGAUUUAUUAUUUGAUAAUCAACUUCAACAACAGCAGUUAACAAAUAAUGUACGUUCAACAAUUGAGAAAACUACAUGUAUUAAAUGUUAUACAAGAUUUUUACAACAAAAUCGAAAUAUAUUUCAAGAUACAGAUCCAUAUACAACUUUACAUUCAAAAUUUUUUGGUACUAACCUAACAUCAAGUACACGACCAUCGUUAAUACCAUUAGAUGACAAACGAAAAUAUUCAACAAUGUCUUAUGAAAGUAUUCCAAUGAUGAAUGAUAUUCAUUCACGUUUACGUGCAUCUUAUCCAGGUCAAAUAACUCGAAAUUUUCUUUUAAAUAAAUGUAAUCGUUCACAACAAGAUUUUUCUAAUGAACAACAAAGUGAUAUAGGACGAAAUUCAGCAAAUGAUUUAUUUUUACGGACAACAUUAGUCAAAAUAAAACGACGGCGUUCAUAUUGUCAUUUAUGUUAUCGUUUAUUAUUAUUAUUUCUUCUUAAAUAUGUUUUGUGUACAUUUCCACAACAUGUUAUUCAAAUGUUAUUUCAUUUAAGACAAUUUUAUGAAUAUAUUAUUAAAGAUGAUUCGUCAAAAGAUUAUAAUUCUAAUCCUAGUCAUAUUAAUAGAAGCAGUUUAGAUAAUAUUUUAUCUGACCAUAAUGAACUAACAUUAACAAUAUGUCGCUUUUUAUUUUUAUUUGCUCGUUUUGGUGACAGUUUAUUAUUGACACGUUUACCAAAUUUAAUAAAAAAAUAUUUUCCAUGUUGGUGUCAUUUCAAUUCAAAAUUAUUAUGUAAAAAUGAACCUUUUCAACGACCAUCACAUCAAACAUUAAUGAAGAAUAUUGAUGUAUCAACACAUGACCCAUUUUCAGGUGAUGAGAUAUCAAAUUCGAAUGAUUUAACAAAUCAACAAGAAUUACAACAGCAACGACAAAAUUUGAGUAUGAAUGAAGUUUCUCAUACGAAAAAUCAUCAUUUUCGUUUACGUUUUCAAUUUGUUCCUAUAUGGUCAAACAAACGACCAAGAUUGUUUAAAGGAAAUCGCUAA